UAUCGGUUAAAACAAAAGACGAAAACUAAAGUUAAACUAAACUGUAGUUAGCCAACGCGACAUAAAAGUAAACGAGUUCGGCAAAGUUUUCCGUUAAUCAAAUGUGACUAAAUCUCACCAGUUUUUGAUUUUCCACUUACGGCAAAAGGCAAAGUUAAAGUGAAUAUCGUAUUCCAUUCUUGGCUAAGAUUUGUCAGGGGGCUUAUAGUCACAUUGAAAUGAACGGACAUUGAGUGAUAUGUUUUGGAAACAGAGAGGUACCCGUCUCCACUUUUCACUGCACUAGCAGACAGAAGACUAAGGAACAAACAGAGACACGAGGAUAUUUUUUGAUAAAAAGUUAAACAAGCUAUUAAGUACUUCUAAACUACCACCUGAUCACAAGACGGGCUACAUCAUAAAAUACGAUACAGUGCGCAAAUCGAGUAGUUUGAGCUGGAAUACGAGAUCACAUGUUGCUGCCAGUCAGACAACCAUUGACAAUACUGUAGAAGAAGACAAUAAAGAAGCGCAUCUUGACAAUGUUAAAGCAUUACGACCAUAUCGGGACUGGACAAAUGCCCGGAGUGGGUAUUCCUCCGUUUUAUGCUCCGUCGGUUGGAGUGAUUGCGUCACAGCCAACAUCUAUAGCUAGUCAAUCGAAUCCAAACCGUCAGCCGGCUAUCAAUAUAGGAUAUCGCCCACCACCAAAAAAGUCGUUCAUGAUUGAUGACAUCCUUGGUGGAAAAGAUAAGCAUGACUCAAAAGAAAGAUCAAAUGAAAGACCUGAUCGAGAAAGACGAUUCACUCCGCCACCUCAACAGAGACGGCCAAGUUUGAGCCCACAUACAAGGGAACACAACCGUCCAUCCAGAGAACAAUACGAAAGGCCCCGUAGCCCUUUUACACGUCCAGCAGAAAGAUCCCCAACUCAUCCGAUAUCUAAUUUAGAACUCAGAGAAGGUUCAGCAGUUACACCUAGAGUGUCUAUUUCAAUGGCUGGUCCAGUGGGUCCCAUCUCAUCGACAUAUCCGUCUUAUUCUCACAGUGCAGUGGUUGACGCCACCACCUUAGUGACGCCCUCAUCUUUGCUCAAACCAACCCCCAUUCCCGCAAUGUACGACCCUGGAGCCAUACCCAGCGGAUCAUAUCUACACCCGGGACAACUUCCCGGAGGAUAUCAACACGUCCCAGGCCUUCCAACUCAAACGAUGUUUGCCUACCCACGAGCAGAGUACGUCCAUGGAUACGUGGACCCACGAUAUAACCCAUAUAAAAUUGGAAUGCAAAAACAACCAUACCAAUACCAUUGGAGCCCCUUCCCUUUCCAGAGACCGUGUCAUAAAAGAAAAGGGGGACAAGUGCGCUUCUCAAAUGACCAGACAGUUGAGCUAGAAAAGAAAUUUGAUAGUCAAAAAUACCUUUCUCCGCCAGAACGGAAACGGAUUGCUAAAUUGCUACAACUUACAGAGCGUCAGGUGAAAACAUGGUUUCAAAAUCGGAGAGCAAAAUGGCGUAGAUUAAAACAGGAGUCUCCAGAUUCUCAAGACAAUACCACAAAUGCUGACAAUCCAUCUACAACACUAUCUUCCACAUCGGAGCAUGUAAUUGACAAUUCUGAGGAUGAGGGCAGUAUAAGUGAUGACGAAAACGACCAUGACGAGAUAAUUGAUGUAUAAACUGAAAUAUACAUUAAAAACUGGAAAAAUGCAAGGAAAAAUGAACUUCGUGCAUCGUUAGACAACAUUCUCUCUCAAAUAAUAUUUUGCCAAAGAAUACUUCAGAAAGUACCAGAUCAGAAAAUCUUACAUAAAUGGACAAGGUGCUCUGUCCUCUAGGAAAAGGACAUCUAAAUCACUGAACAAAAUGUCAUUAGUUAAAAAAUAUUUCAUUUUAAUUGAUUCAUUAGUCGUGAGUAUAUUUGUACAUUAUUUACCGAAUAUUUGUAAAUAACUAUCAUACCACACUUGGUUGAUUUAUAAUUGGAUGUAUAGCAGUGAUAUACAUAGUAGAGUGGUAUACCAUUAUCGUAUAGAACUCCAUCGUAUAAUGACUGGUACACGACCAUUAUAGAUAUUCUAAGAGGGACACAAGCUUAUAUAAUGGUACAUUCUGUGUAGUGCUUUUUUAUAUUAUGGGUAUUUGAUAUGUCCACUCGUUUGCUAGGUUCACCUAUGAAUAUCUGUCAUAAACCAAAUACAACAGACAUAUACAACUAUACAUGUACACGACGAUAUACAGAAUGGACCAUUAUAUAACCUCAUAUUAUUUGUAUUUAUUCAAAUAUAUUUAUACCAUUAUUUUGACUUCCGUGUUAUGUGCAUGUUGUGCAACUAUGAAAAUCCAUCUUCAUUUAAAACUUAUACAAUGAAAAAGGGUCGGGGAGGGGGCACACUAACAUAUUCAAGACAGAAAUAUAGGAGCGUUCAAAGGCUUUUUAAAAUAUUGAGGUUUGAUCCCAUCAGUUCGUAUACAAUACAGAAUACUAGCUAAUAUAUAGAAAUACAUGUGUUUCCCAAAAUUGUUGACAAAAAGCGUGGAAGGGUAUAUAUUAAUAUGUAUAGCAUAUAUUCAGCUUUAUUUA